UGAGGCAGCUCCACAACAUACAGCCACAUUCACCCACAGACAGAGCCCGAGCUGGAGACCCCCCCACCCUCAACUCCCGGCCCCCAGCGCUUCAUCCAGCCCCCUGACAGCUUGCCCCGGGCCCAGGCCCUUUGGGACCCACAUCCCCCCUUCCCGAUCGAAGGCGGAAAAAAAAAAAAAAGGAAGAGAGAAGAGUGAGAGAUAUAUACAUACGGAGAUCUCUGGAGCAGACCUCAAGGUGACCUCCAUUUCUAGCCGGUUCUCGUCUGGGGGGGGCCCUGGUUGGGCAGCCCCCCCACAUUUCUCCUGUCCUGAAACACGGCUCUAGCCAACCUGCUUCGCUGCUUCACCUGCGAUCGUCUGUGUGGGGGCUGCACAGCGCCAGCCCCCCCAGCCCGGCAGGGCAUUGCCCUCCAACCCGUCAUGCCCAGCUGUGAGCCUGGUCCAGGCCCUGCCUGCCUCCCCACCAAGACCUUCCGCAGCUACCUGCCUCGGUGUCAUCGUACAUACAGCUGUGUUCACUGCAGGGCACACCUGGCCAAGCAUGAUGAGCUCAUCUCCAAGUCCUUCCAGGGGAGCCAUGGCCGGGCCUACCUGUUUAACUCUGUGGUCAACGUGGGUUGUGGGCCAGCUGAACAGCGUCUCCUGCUCACUGGCCUCCACUCGGUGGCUGACAUCUUCUGUGAGAGCUGCAAGACCACCCUGGGCUGGAAAUAUGAACAAGCCUUUGAGACCAGCCAGAAGUACAAGGAGGGAAAGUACAUCAUUGAAAUGUCGCACAUGGUGAAGGACAACGGCUGGGACUGAGGGGCUCAGGCAGGAUGCCCCAUCCGCAUGCCCCACACCCUGCCCCCAGUACCUUGCCCCUGGCCUCGACAUGCUGUCUGUCCAUCCUAGCACCAGUACUGUCCUACCCUGCCCCCCUGGGCAAAACCCAGCUCUGUCUAGCCCCAUCCACCCCACCACAUCCCUACAGAGGCCCUCUUUGGAACAGGGGCCUGAGCUGGUCUGGGGUAUUCUGGGGGGAUGCUCAAGGGACAGGAUAAAUGGAUGGCAAUGGAGGGGGUAGAAAAAGUUGGGGUGAUGGUUCUGGCUCCAGAGUCACAGAAUUCAGAUCCUUCUGCCUUUGGGGUGUUUUGAAGGUGGGAACUGGCAGGGGCAGAACCUCUCCUCCCAGUAGGUAGGGGUUCAGAUAUGGCAUAGCCUCCAGAUGCUUGGGCAAAGAACUCUGCUGCUGAGGCAUGCAGAGCCUGGCCUAGGAAAAUGGUAGGUCCUAGGCCACAGACAAGCAGGAAGAGAUAGCAUCAGGGGUUGGAGGGAGACUGUCCUCCAGCUCUUUGAGCUAAAGGCUUCAGAAUGUGAUUGAAGCAGAAAGGCCUCCCCGAGGGCAGAGAAGACCUCAGUCCCAAGUCCGAGGAAGAGACAGAAGGAUCACUGGGAUUUCAUUUCACUUGGCACUUGUUCGUUUACCUUGGCACUAAUGAGGCACUUUUGCAUAUAUAAUCUUUGCCAUUGGGUUGGGUGGGGGAGGCUGCCCCCGUGACUUCCCUCCCCAGCUGGCUUUGUUGCCAGGGGGCAUUGGUCCAUGGUGCCCCAUAGGCUCCAGCCAUUGCUUCCUGGGACUCAGGCAACUGGGAAUGAGGUGGGAACUCAGUGCCACAGGCCGGACUUUCCUGUGGCUGCCACCAGCGCACGAAACUUUUGUAUUCAAGUGUUUGAGUUUAUUUUUAAUAAAAAUGGGAAAAAAACAGCUGAGUGCAGAGGUUUGCCCUAUAUCCUACCUGUGGCACCCACACCAGAGGUAGGGCAGCAGGCUCCUUGUCUAUGAGGGGGGAAGCGGUUUUAUAAUUUUAUGCUUAUUUCCCUUUGCAUCCACCAGGGGGCAGCAGAGCUUUGCUAGUAGGAGACCCAUCUCUCCUCUUUAUCUGACCCAAGGGUUUUUAGGGGAAAUUUUGCCUACAGGGUAAUUUCAUGAUUUGUGAAGGUCAGUUUGAGUCCUAGCAGUCUGUGCUGGCGGUGGGGGUGGUUGUGACUUCCCACAUCCAGGUACACCAGGCUUCAAGUCUGGGAAUAUGAUGUGAUCUGAGCUCAGAGAUCCUUCUCGAUUCCAGGUGACUCUCAGAUUAAUAUUUGUAUAGCACUUUUAUAAGUUUUACAAAGCCUUUUACAAAUAGUACCCUAUUCAAUCAUCACAGCAACCUUGGGAGGUAGGGGCUACUAUCCCAUUUUUACAUGGAUGAGGAAACUGAGACACAAAGAAGUUAAAUGUCUUGCCCAAGGUCACACAGCUAGUGAGGUCAUAUUUAAGGUCGGGUGUCGUCUUCCUGAAUGAAUAUUGGCUCUAUCCACUUGGCCACUGGUUGUCUCUAGACUCUACUUUAGGGGAAAAAAAAAUCAGCAAAGGGGCAGCUAGGUGGCACAGUGGUUAAAGCACCGGCCCUGGAGUCAGGAGUACCUGAGUUCAAAUCCGGCCUCAGACACUUGACACUUACUAGCUGUGUGACCCUGGGCAAGUCACUUAACCCCCAUUGCCUCACUAAGGAAAAAAAAAAUCAGCAAAGAUUCCCCCCACAAUCAGCAGAAAUUGGGAGUUGCUCAAAGUUGAUUGGGACUCUGUCAACCAUGGGCUGCUAUUGGUCAGUUUUGACUGCUUCCCUUACUGGAAUACUUUAGAUACUCAGCACCUGAAGUGCUUGGGGGAUGUUACAGAGCACUAAACCAUGAAGUCUAAGUGAUGAAUUAGAAGGGGUGUUGGAAGUCAUCUCAUUCAAUCCCUUACCCAAAGCAUAGAUCUUUGCUAAGUAUAUCACAAAAGUUCCAGGACUCACUUGGUCUCUACUCUUUGGCCAACAUGCAUUUAUUAAGCACCUACUAGGUGCCAGGCACUGUGCUCUUAAGCACUUAGAUGGGGAUUCAAAGGAAGACAAAAAAAAAAAAAAGCCCCUGCUCUCAAGGAACUCAAAGUCUUCAUUAAACUUCCCAAAGAACCAAAACCCCAUUCUUCUUAUGGAGUACUUAAAGCUAAGGAAGAACAAAAGUGGAGUGAGCACUGUGAGGGAUGGCAAGGUUACAGCAAACAAAAGUAGCAGGAAACAUGCCUCACAGAGACCUUGCUCCUAAGACACCACCCAGCCAAUGAGUGCAGCACCCAGACUACUCGAGAGGGCACUGAAGGGCAGCAGACAAAUGAAGGAUGGAAUGGAAGCACUUGGGCAGGAUGGGGAUAUACCCUACAUGCUGAGACUCCAGGAUCUAUGUGGAACUCUCUGGUGUCCUGGAUUCUGCCUGCCCAAGUGGCUGGAGACGCUGGGAAAUAGGGCCUUCCCCUCAGUUUCCUCAACUGGAAAGCAAGAUGGAGUUGCCCUCCGAGGUUCUUUUUA